AUGGCUUCUAUGGAAAGCUUCAUCAAGCAGCUGUCAUCGUAUGAAAUCAUCACCCCGCUCCGAGUGAAUGACUUCGGAGAAUCAUUCCCACACAAAUUGCACUACAGGAGGAGACGGAGAAGUUUAAAUGAUGACCUGUCCGGUUUACGGGUUCACUACAGGAUUGAUGCAUUUGGGGAACGCUUUCAUCUCAAUCUGAGCGCACACUCCGACUUCAUCGCCCCCUCUUACACAGUGACACACUUGGGAGCGGAACAGAGCAACGCCACGGACUCCCACUUCCAUGACCCGAGCGAUAUGCGCCACUGCUUUUUCCGCGGACACGUCAACUCCAAGAGCGAGUACCCCGCCGUCUUCAGCCUGUGCACUGGCCUUAUUGGAACCUUUACAACUGAACAUGGUGAAUACUUCUUGGAGCCUCUUUUAAAUGCUUCAGGAGAGGAACUUGAUGAAGAGCACAACAAACCUCAUCUUGUCUAUCGACACGAGAGGAAUAAGAACAUCACGAGCACUGACAACAACCCAAAGCCUUGUGCUGCCUCAGAACAUACCAAGAGGCCAGUCUCCUUUGAGAGCAGAGGACGCCAAAAUGGUCCGUCAUCACGGACGCAACCUGGAACACUACAUCCUAACAAUCAUGUAGCAGCAGUGUACAGGGACCCCAGUGUAGGAAACCUCAUCAACAUCGUGAUUGUCAAGCUCAUCGUCAUCCACAAUGAACAGGAAGGGCCCACAGUGAGCUUCAACGCCGCCACAACUCUCCACAACUUCUGUGUCUGGCAGCAGAGCCAAAACGUCCAGAACGACAGCCACCCCUCUCACCAUGACACUGCACUCCUCAUCACUAGGGAAGACAUCUGCCGUGCAAAAGAUAAAUGUGACACUUUAGGGCUGGCCGAGCUGGGGACCAUGUGCGACCAGUACCGCAGCUGCUCCAUCAGUGAGGAAAAUGGAAUUAGUGCCUCCUUCACCAUCGCUCAUGAGCUGGGCCAUGUGUUCAACAUGCCUCAUGAUGACAACCCAAAGUGCCGUGAAGCCGGCAUGAAGCACCAGUACCACGUAAUGGCUCCCACCCUAAACUAUGACACCAACCCCUGGUCGUGGUCCAAGUGCAGCCGCAAGUACAUCACAGAGUUCUUAGACACGGGCUAUGGUGAAUGUCUCCUCGAUGAGCCUGUAGGCAGGACAUAUGAGCUGCCCACUCUCCUCCCUGGUCAAAUCUACAAUGCCAACAGACAGUGUGAACUGAUGUUUGGACCUGGUUCUCAAAUUUGCCCUUACAUGAAACAAUGCAAGAGGCUGUGGUGUACAAGUGCAGAGGGGGACCAUAAAGGGUGUCGAACACAACACAUGCCGCUGGCUGAUGGGACUGACUGUGGCCAUGGAAUGUACUGCAGACAUGGGAUGUGUGUAAACAAGGAGUUAGACCUGCAGCCUGUCCAUGGGGAGUGGGGUCCCUGGGGGCCCUAUAGCGCUUGCUCGAGGUCUUGUGGUGGAGGAACCCGCAGCACGCACAGGGAAUGCAACAAGCCUGAGCCCAGAAAUGGUGGAAAGUUCUGCGUGGGUCGCAGGAUGAAGUUCCGCUCCUGCAACACUGAGCCAUGUCCGCGAGGACGGAAAGAUUUCCGCGAAGAACAGUGCUCUCAGUUUGAUGGCAAGCACUUCAACAUCAACGGUCUACCUCCCACUGUCCGCUGGGUCCCCAAGUACAGUGGCAUACUUAUGAAGGAUCGCUGUAAGCUCUUCUGCCGGGUAGCUGGGACUACAGCAUACUAUCAGCUGAAGGACCGCGUCAUCGACGGCACACCAUGCGGGACGGACACUUACGACAUCUGUGUUCAAGGCCUCUGCAGGCAAGCAGGCUGCGACCACGUUCUCAACUCGAAGGCCAGGAACGACAAGUGUGGGGUCUGUGGCGGGGACAACUCAUCUUGUAAAACUCUGGCUGGGACCUUCAACGAUGCUCAGUAUGGUUACAACACAGUGGUGCGAAUUCCAGCCGGAGCCACAAACAUUGAUAUCAAACAGGUCAGCUACUCUGGGAAGCCAGAGGACGACAACUACCUCGCUUUAUCUGAUAGCCAGUCCAACUUCCUCCUAAAUGGGAACUUUGUGGUGGCCAUGUUCAAAAGGGAAAUCACCUUCAAGGGAACUGUCAUCGAGUACAGCGGCUCAGACACAAAAGUGGAGCGCAUUAACUGCACUGAGCGAAUCGAGGAGGAGCUCAUUCUGCAGGUCUUAUGUGUGGGAAACCUCUACAACCCAGAUGUGCGUUACUCCUUCAACAUACCCAUCGAGGAACACAGGGAGCAGUUUGUGUGGGAUCCCUCAGGCUCCUGGCUUGAGUGCAACCGCAUCUGUCAGGGUGAGAGACGGCGAAAGGCAGUAUGUGUGCGCAAAAGUGAUCACCUCGAGGUAUCGGACCAACGCUGUGAACAUUUACCUCGUCCUGGUGCUGCUACUGAGCCCUGCAACACAGACUGUGAAGUCAGGUGGCAUGUUGCUGGAAAAAGUGAGUGUUCUGCUAAAUGUGGCCCUGGCUACCGCAGCCUGGAUGUUCAGUGUAUGAAGUACAGCAGAGUAAAGCGGCAGAGUGAGAGGAUGGAGACUAGCGCCUGUAGAGAUGCCAUCAAACCUCAGACCAGAGAGCCCUGCCAUGGAGACUGUCUGCUGAAGAGCUGGCAAUACAGUGCCUGGUCACAGUGCUCUAAAACAUGUGGACGUGGCAGCCGCAGCAGAGAGUCGUACUGUAUGAACAACCUGGGCAGACGCCUGGUGGACAGAGAGUGCAACGAACACCAGCGAGUCAUCACCGAAACCUGCAACGAACAGCCAUGUCCAAAGUGGACUGCUAGCGAGUGGAGUGAGUGCCUUGUGACUUGUGGGAAAGGCAUGAGGCACAGACAAGUGUCCUGCAUCACGGGAGCCGGAGAGGAGAAGCUGAGCGAGCACUUCUGCGACCCAUCCAGUAAACCUACUGCCGUUGGGAGCUGCGAGCUGCCUGAAUGUGCAUCCUGGCAGGUCGGCGUCUGGGGAGCGUGUGCGGUGACCUGUGGCCAUGGCUACCAGAUGAGAGCUGUUAGGUGUGUGUCGGGGGACUACGGUGACACGGUACAUGACAGAGAGUGCAAUGCUGCAGCCAGGCCCAGAGACAGUCAGGAUUGUGAGAUGCCGGCCUGUCCUUGGGCUUCUCCGGUACAAAGCACGCCUCGUCCUGAUAACUCCGCUCAGCUUCUCACUCAGUGGAGAUACGGCUCCUGGACUGCGUGCUCGGUGUCAUGUGGAAAGGGGAAACGAGCACGUUAUGUCAGCUGCAGAGAUGCUCUGGGAGGAGUAGCUGACGAAUCUUACUGCGCCCACUUGCCCCGCCCACCAGAGACCUCUGCCUGCUUCAGCCCCUGUGGCCAGUGGCGUGCCGGGGAGUGGUCUCCAUGUUCAUUGACUUGCGGUGUGGGUAGAGCCACCAGACAGGUGGUCUGCUCCAACUACCAUCAGCCGGUGGAUCAGGCCUUCUGUGACCCAGAUGAGAAACCCGCUACAGAGCAGGAGUGUACCUCUGCACCAUGCUCCUCUAUCUACCACCGCCAGCGUAUCAACGACCAGCCCUAUGGAUACCCACAGGACCCCGGACGCCACCCUGGACACAGCAGCUGGAACGUGCCCUCGGCUGACAACCAGUGGAGGACGGGACCCUGGGGCGCAUGUUCCAGCACCUGUGCAGGAGGCUUCCAGAGGCGAGUGGUGGUCUGUCAGGACGCUGACGGACGCAGCAACAGCUACUGUGAUGAGAGGGUCAAACCUGCUGAGUCAAAGAGCUGUGACUCCGGGCCCUGCCCUCUGUGGAACUACGGUGUGUGGGGAGAGUGCACCCAGACUUGUGGUGGAGGGAGGAGGACUCGCCUGGUGGUCUGUCAAAGACCAAACGGUCAGAGGCUCAACGACUACAACUGUGACAUCCUAGACAAGCCGCCCGACAUGGAGCAGUGCAACCUUCAGCCGUGCCCCGGCUCUGCCUCGUGGCACCGCCGACCCUGGAAGCCGUGUUCAGUGAGUUGCGGUCGGGGAACCAAGCAGCGGGAGAUAAACUGUGUUUAUCAGAACCAAACCAAAAUAGAGGAAGAGCACUGCAGUCAUCUGCCCCGGCCACGGACACAGAAGGCCUGCCGGGUGCGGGGAUGCCCCAGUUGGAAGGCCAACAAGUGGAGCGAGUGCUCUGUCACCUGUGGCGUCGGAGUUCAGAACCGGGAUGUUUACUGCAGACUGAAAGGCACCGGACGGGUCAGACAGGAUCUCUGUGAUACUCAGAACCGCCCCACUAUCGUCCGACCAUGCCAGACUGCAGAGUGCACACAUUACACUUGGGUUGCUGGCGAGUGGGAAGAAUGUAAUGCAACCUGUGGAGAGGGCAUUAGAAGCAGGAAGGUGGGGUGCACAGGCCCAGGAGUGACACCCGUCCAGGAUGAUUACUGUGAGCCUUCGUCACAGCCUCCGUCAGAGCAGCCCUGCAAAGCAGCUCCCUGCCACUACAUGUGGAUUACAGGGGAAUGGUCCCAGUGCUCUGCCAGCUGCGGUAUCGGCUAUCAGCAGCGCAUCGUCUCCUGCUCAGUGAUGCCCUUCUCUCAGGCUCCGCACCUGUAUGCUGCAGCCCAGUCCUCCUCUGCGAGCACCCACUGCCCCCAGCCCAACCCUCCUGGCACCCAGCCCUGCCUCCUCAGAGACUGCCCGCACACAACCUACUGGAAAGUUGGCCCGUGGAGCAAGUGUUCGCAGACCUGUGGGGCGGGAGUGAUGGAGCGGAGAGUGGAGUGUGUGACCUCCAAGGGCCAACCGUCCAAACACUGCCGUCCCUCAGACAGACCUGAGUCACAGGCUGCAUGUCAGGAAAGAGAAUGCCAGUUGUUCGCCUCCUGUCGAGAGGUCCAGCUGAGACAGGGUGUGAAGAUAGAUGGAGAAUACUAUCUCAAAGUCAAGUCACGGAUCCUACAGAUUUACUGUGCUGAGAUGCAGACUGAUUUCCCAAAGGAGUAUGUGACCCUGCGCAGUGGGCAGACCGACAACUACUCUGAGGUGUACGGGAACAGGUUGCUGAAUCCCUUUGAAUGUCCGUAUAACGGCAGCAGAAGACAAGACUGUGAAUGUAGAAACGACUACUCAGCAGCAGGAUACACAGUCUUCCACAAAGUUCGCCUGGACCUGAGCUCCCUGCGGAUAAUGAUCACAGAUCUUCAGUUUUCCCAGACUCUCCUCGGUCGGCCUGUGCCUUUUGCUACAGCGGGGGAUUGUUACAGUGCAGCCAAGUGUCCACAGGGCCAGUUCAGCAUUAAUCUGAUAGGAACGGGCCUCAAAGUGUCCGAGGCCACCAAGUGGACAUCUCAGGGCAACUAUGUUUCUGUCAAAGUUCACAGAUCCGAGGAUGGAACAAGAAUCUAUGGCCGCUGUGGUGGUUUUUGUGGGAAGUGCAUUCCCCAGGGUCACAACGGGCUCCUCCUUCAAGUCCACUGAGGGUCAUGCAUGCAGAGACCAAACCCUGAAUUCUACGCUGAAGGCAGAAGCUCAGGAGCGUGCAUUAACUUUGAUUUGUUGGACCCUGAUGUCAUCUGUGAGUGCGGUGGAGGAGCUUUUAACAGUAGUCAUCCUACAGUUGCAUCCCCAUUUCCCAAAUGGCAGCUAAAACAUACGAAACACUACGUACUGUGCAGUUCUGCAGGGCCUCUGUUCGGCCCGUCAUCCAAAUCGCUAACCUUGAAGUAGAGCCAGCAAUAUCUGCUUGCCAACAGCGUUGCAUGAUAUCAAACACAUCUGCGCUUUGGAACCUUAAAUGCUUUUUUAUCCAGACACUGUUAUGCAUUUUUUAAACGUUAAGUCAAGGAAAACAACACUCAGAAAACACUGGAAACAGAAAAACACAAACAAACUUAAAAAAUAUCCUCUUGCUUUAAGAAAAGCAACACUCCAUCUUUGGAAAAACACAUUUAAUUUGAAGUGAAACAAUUUCAAAAAGGGUUGAGGGGAAAAAUACUGAUCCUAAAUGUUACCUUUACGGUACAUAGUUAUUUAAAUUUACAGCUACAUUAUAGACAUUCAUGUACCUCUAACCAUACUGAUGUGAAUUAAAUAGCAAAAAUAGAAAUAAAGAUUUAUGUUAUUAAGGUUGCAAACCCCUGGUGACAAAGAAGUGGCACUAGGUAAAACUUGGUGUACACUGUGCGAUUUCAAGACAAUUCCAUACCCUAUUUUUGAAUCAACUGUUUUCAGCCUGAGUGUAGUGCAGCGUACAAAGGGACAUGACAGCCAAUCCCAGCCCUAUCUGACCGAUCGGAUUCUAAAGUUUGAUAUUUCACUCAUACUGCUCUGCACAUUUGCACAUUUAAAGCAGAUUCCCAAACUUCAGAGCAUUUUUUCUGUUGCAAACUGUCAGACAGCAUCUGAAUCUAACCAUCAUGAAAGAUAGGAAUGAGCAGAAAAUAUCUGCAAACCUGCAGCUGACAGUAGGAGCUCCAUCCCUGGCUGAUGCCAGUCUGGGUGGGUGGGGGUCACUUUUGUCCUCCCCUUCAUGCCGGCACAACAGUCAAAGUGAAGGCGAAACUUCAAAGGGGCAUGAAUACCAGGGCCUAAAACAUUGCUCUGAAUCUGGCUAUCACUUCACUGCAAGUUAUAUUCGCUGGUGAUGGUGUGUGUACAUGUUAGAGGGUUUUUUCUCCGUUCGUAUUUGAGCUAGUAAAGAAGACAAGAUAUAGAUGGGGCUUUUCAAAAGAAACUUUACUGACAUUUGUCACAGUCCAUCCUGACUUUACUCAUACAGCGUGAGUACUCAGCAGUGUUGGGUAACGUUACUUUUGAAACUGACUACUUAGAUUACCUACUGAGAAAAGUAUUUUGUUACGUUACUGCAUUACUUCUAAAACUAACGCAUCAGAGUACUUUUGCGUUACUAAAUAGUAAAACCCUUUAGCCACUCGUUCCACUGGUUGGUUGUAAAAACGACAGAUAAGGACCACACAUCUGUAUUUGAAUGUUCCGACUUUAAUGCCAAUGUACAGCCUCAUUUACAGCCCAAUCUGUAUUUCUGCAGCCUGAAAACACCACUAACAGACAGGAAAACGUUUACAGCUCUUUAACAUGCUCACAAUCUGACAACAAGCUGAGCAGAAGCAGACAGAAUCUCUCCAACUCUGUGUGUAAUAACAGUGCGUCAUUGGGACAGCUGAACAGCUGAUUCAAUGAAAGCAAACGGAGCUUUUAAACUUACG